CCUCUCCGCAGUUGGGUCUGGUUGUCUGGAGGUGAGGUACCGGGCGCAGGCACUGGCGCGGUGGGCUCGGUUCUGCGGCCUCGUUUUGGGGCGCACGAUUCUGAAUAAUAAGGCUGAAGAAAUUUGAAUAAUGGCUGCAAAUGAAAGUGCCAACAUCUUUGGUUCAGUAUCCUUGGCAGUGGAGUAUUUAGAUUCCUUAUUACCUGACAAUCCUCUGCAAGCACCAUUUAAAAAUGUUUGGAUUUCCAUGCUGAAUAAUUAUACAAAGUUUCAGAUUGCAACAUGGGGAUCUCUCAUAGUUCAUGAAGCGAUCUAUUUCUUACUUUGUUUACCAGCAUUUUUGUUUCAGUUUAUACCUUAUAUGCAAAAAUAUAAAAUUCAAAAGGAAAAACCAGAAACUUGGGAAGGCCAGUGGAAAUGUUUCAAAGUAAUUCUCUUCAAUCAUUUUUGCAUUCAGUUACCUUUGAUUUGUGGUACCUGGUAUUUUACAGAAUAUUUUGAUAUUCCCUAUGAUUGGGACAGUAUGCCAAGAUGGCAUAUGCUGCUGGCCAGAUGUUUUGGUUGUGCAGUGAUUGAAGAUACCUGGCACUAUUUUCUUCAUAGACUUUUACAUCAUAAAAAAAUAUAUAAAUAUAUCCAUAAAGUUCAUCAUGAAUUUCAGGCCCCAUUUGGAAUGGAAGCUGAAUAUGCACAUCCUUUGGAAACCCUCAUUCUUGGAACAGGGUUUUUUAUUGGAAUUUUGAUCUUUUGUGACCAUGUAGUCCUUCUUUGGGCAUGGGUCACAGUUCGCUUAAUAGAAACCAUUGAUGUGCAUAGUGGUUAUGAUAUUCCUCUCAACCCUCUGAAAUUGAUACCAUUUUAUACUGGUGCACGGCAUCAUGAUUUCCACCACAUGAACUUCGUUGGAAACUAUGCUUCAACAUUUACAUGGUGGGAUAGACUUUUUGGUACAGACUCUCAAUAUGUUGCCUACUAUGAAAAGAUGAAGAAAUUGCAACAGCUGGAUAAAAAGACCAAAUAAACAUCUGUAAACUUUUCAGAAGCUAAACAUACAAGAGAAUGGUAGCUAAAAUUGCUUCAAGGGGGCCAAAAUAAGCAUGUAUCCUGGCUAUUAAGUGAUAAGAACAUUUACAGCCUUGUGUUACUGCUCUAGUGAGAACUUUUUUUUCUACUUUACAUAUGGUCUCUGUAUAUAUAGAAAUAUGUAUAUAGUAAUAUAUAUUUAAUAACACAUUUAAUGAGGAAAUUUAAAAGGUCAUCUUACAAAAAAUCAAAAAGCCUUAAAAGUAUUAAAUAAAUUUUUCAAACAUCUUUUUGAAAUUGGUAACACCAUAUCCAUAAGGAAAAUGAAAUUGAACAUUUGCCUUUGUAGUAGAAUGCCCUUUGUGGGAAACACAACUUGUGGUGGUUGACCUUCCUUCUUUUGAAUCUUGAGCAUAUUUUUUUACAGUUUGCCUAAAGAUCAAAAUAUCAAGAGUUUGUGCAAGAUUAAAUUUUACACUGAAUAAAUCAAGCUUCUAAUUCAAGGAAGUCUUGGCUGCAUGUGCAGUUCACCAGUAGCCUUGCAUUGCCAUUAAGCACAGGAAGUAUGGGAAGGGCUGAACGUUGAUGGUGGUUGUCUUUUAGAAAAUCUUGCUUCCUUUUUCAAAGGAUUCCUGUUCAGCUGCAAUAUGCCGCUGGUAUAAUUAAGUUAAAAUGGUCCUGGAUUGACCUGACUAGCGGAUUUUAGGCUAGAGGUUUUUGCAAUGUACUUGAUAUAUUUUUUUUAAAUUGAGGAGCCUUUCUUGCUACUCUAGUGUUUUUUUCUUAUGUCUCUAGCAUUUACAUGAUUUUGAUCUGUGUGCUGUAACAGUGAACUGACUUACUGCCGUUUGCACUUGUGGCUAUUGGAAUAAAGAUGUUUUUGAUUUGUGA